GUGUGUGUGUGUGUGUGUGUGUGUGUGUGUGUGUGUGUGUGUGUGUGUGUGUGUGAGAGAGACUGCUUGAGCUGCCGCUAUCGGAAGAGGAGCAGAGAGGAGGUGAGCCACUAAGCAUAACUAAACAAGCACAAGACCAAACUGGACGAAAAACUGGACUUCGUACUGGACUUGAUAGGAGUCCUCCAAAGUGUACUGGACUCCUACUUUUGAAACGGGUCGUCAUCGACAGAACUGGAAUGACAGAGCUGGACUCAAAAGUCUGCUUGACUCUCGUGGACUGUCGCGGACUUGACGAUGUAUACUCUGAUGACCUUGACAUGGCAGAAAGUGGACAGGAAACAAUCGGCGUUCCGACGCGUGUCUGAUCAAGUGACGUGUGAUUCGUGGAAAACAAGGAAGUGAGGCAUGAGAGCCAAUUUCUUCUUCAGCUUUGAUGGUGAUUGGAGGUAGUAACGGUAAAUAGCACAAUGCAGUCUAAACACCCAGGUUGUGUCUUUUGGAAAUUGCUGUAUGUAAGCAAUGGGCAGUGGGCCGCAAAUUGACCCCGGGCCACAAUUUGGCCACCCCCGGGGGAUCGACUUCUGGGGAGCCUGUGCGGCGGGUCAAGAGAAGAAGGGAUACGGACCCACUCAGAAGGAAAAGUUCUUAACGGAGGAGCAGACGGUAAUCCACGAGGCCGGUUAGUGGCAGUUGUCUUGGGUACACAAGGAAAAUGGUUGCAGACUUCGAUGGGAAGCGCCGACAUCGAAGGAUCAGAAAGCGACGUCACUCCGAACGCUUGGCCACCACAAGUCGGGGUCGCGUGCGGGGCACGACAUGGAUGCCAGACCUUCAGGUGGCGACACCAGCAUCAGGAGCAGCCCUCCCUAAGCCCGCCUCCAUCAUGGCGGAGUCAGGUCUUCAGGUUUCAGUCGGUGACUUCGGCAGCAGUGUUCUGAGCAGCCUGAACGAGCAAAGACUUUUGGGACUCCACUGCGACGUCUCCAUCCUUGUCCAGGGUCAGGUCUUCAAAGCCCACCGGGCCGUCCUGGCCGCGUCCUCGCUCUACUUCCGAGACCUGUUCAGUGCCGAGUCCUCCGAUACGUCGGAGUGGUCCCAGUCUACGUAUGAGCUCCCGUCUUCGGUGACGCCCUCCUGUUUCCAUCAGAUCCUGACCUUCUGCUACACGGGCCGUCUCAACAUGGUCGCCAGUGAGCAGCUGGUCCUCAUGUACACGGCUGGGUACCUGCAGGUCCAGAAUAUUGUGGAGAGGAGCCUAGAGUUUAUGAAGAUGAAGACCACAUCCUCCUCGCCGCACUGCUGUGACUCACAGACCACCUCAACGGACGAGCUGGGACCUUUAGACCAGUCUGUGGGCCACCCGCAGGAUUCCAGUCCAGACCCCUCGUCCAUGACUCCAGAGGACCUGAUAAUGGCCGUGAGCCAGAUCAAACAAGAAAGGCAAGACACACCCCUUGAGGACCACGCAGGAACAACUCCAGAAGAACUGAAUGCCAGAGUGGACUUUGCAGGGGAGCUCCAGACCACCAGAGGGGGUGCUAUCUGUUACCUGGGUGCUGCCGGGAGCCUGGUCAUGGGUCUGCAGUCUUACCUCUUGGCAGGCGGACGCUGCUCGAGUUCAGAAGCGUCCAGCCUGCCCACAGACUCACCCCCGUCACACGCACCGACGGAGGUGGAGCCGGAGGAUGGUUACUACGGCAACGCCACACACUCUGGAAUAUACCAAAACAUGUUUGGACGCCAGAGUCAGUCUGGCCAGGAGAAAAUGGAGAUGCUACGCCUGCCAUUGGCCAGUGAGCGGCGUGCAGGCAUUUUAGUGGGCGGAGACAACAUGACGCUCCCCGCCAGUCUGAUCAGUCAGAUUGGGUAUCGAUGCCACCCUGCGCUAUACACCGAGGGAGAACCUGGAGAGAAGCUGGAGCUGGUGGCAGGUUCGGGCGUGUUGAUGACGCGGGGCCAGCUGAUGAACUGUCACCUUUGUGCGGGAGUGAAACACAAAGUUCUGCUCAGGAGGCUGCUGGCGACCUUCUUUGACAGAAACACCUUGGCCAAUAGCUGCGGGACGGGGAUCCGCUCCUCCACCAAUGAUCCGAGCAGAAAGCCGCUGGACAACCGAGUGUUAAACACCGUCAAACUGUACUGUCAGAACUUUGCUCCGAGCUUCAAGGAGAGCGAGAUGAACGUGAUCGCAGCCGACAUGUGCACCAACGCUCGCAGAGUUCGCAAGCGAUGGCUGCCCAAGAUACAAUCCCUGCUGCCACGCAGCGGCGGCGGGAGGAAGAUCCGGAGGGGGGCCGCGGGACGAGGAGGAGGGGACAGCUUGGACGUAGAUGCGCGUCAGCUCAGCGUCGCCCCCUACUUGUGCCUGGAGGUGGCCGGGGAUGGCACACAAAAUCAGGAACAGCACCACCGCCUCCUCCUCUGCGCCGCCUCCUCAUCCUCGUCCUCCUCGUCCUCACCAUACCCCCCGGAUGCUGACCGCAAGGGGGCGGAACCUCCAGACAGCCAAUAAGCAUUGGACUACACCUGUCCAACAGCCUGUCUGUCCCCUAACUCAUUUCCUGUCUGCUUGUCAUCCGACCUCACUACCUGUCUAGUUGAGUGUCCCCUACCUCACUUCCUGCCUGUCCCCUACCUCACUUCUUGCCUGUCCCUACCUCAGUUCCUCUCUGUCCCUACCUCACUUCUGGUAUGUCCCCGAACUCAUUUCCUCUGCCCCUACCUCACUUCCUGUCUGUCUCCUAACCCGCUUCCUGUCUAUCCCCUACCUCACUUCCUGUACUCCCAGCUCAGCCGCUUUGCUGCAUGUUACCAGCUUCCUGGCCACUUGCAAUGGGACUUAUAAUGAUGAUGAUGAUGAUGUUGAUGUCAAUAAAGCUUAUUGAAAAUCA